AGUAUUUUGAACGUGGUACUGGCUUCCGGUUCAGAUUGAACACUUGUUUAAUUUAAGCUAACGCUACAUGGCUCUCGCGAAUAUUUCGUGAAAUUGUGAAGAUGAAUCUUUAAGAUAUAAUUCGCCAAUUUUGCUUUGAAGAUGGCGAUUCCAAUGGAAACCCAGCUUCAGAGCAUAUUCGAAGAUGUUGUGAAAACGGAGGUUAUCGAAGAGGCCUUUGCUGGCAUGUUUAUGGACACACCAGAGGAUGAACGAACCAAACUUGUCAGUUGUCUUGGCGCGUUCCGCCAGUACUGGAGCACUCUACCCCAGGAUUCCCAUGAUCAGUGUGUGCAGUGGAUUGUCAGAUUUAUCCAUGGACAGCACAGCCCCAAGAGAAUAUCCUUCCUCUAUGACUGUCUGGCAAUGGCUGUGGAGACCAACCUGUUACCUCCCCGGAUGGUGUGCGAGGCCCUGAUCAGUUCAGACAGUCUGGAAUGGGAGAGGACACAGCUGUGGGCCCUCACCUACCAACUGAUCCGGAAAAUCAUCGGAGGGGUGGACUACAAGGGUGUGAGAGAUCUUCUGAAAGUGGUCCUAGAGAAGAUACAGAACAUCCCCUACACUGUGAGCUCGGCUGUGGUCCAGCAGCUUCUAGCAGCCCGAGAGGUGGUGGAGUACAUAUUGGACCGGAAUGCCUGUCUGUCGCCGGCCUGUUUUUCCAUAACUGAGAUCAGGAAGCUGUACCCAGAAGGAAAGCUCUCGCACUGGCUGCUGGGCAGUCUGAUAUCUGAUUUUGUGGACAGCUUCAGACCCACGGCGAGAAUAAACUCGAUUUGCGGAAGGUGCAGUCUGCUGCCGGUGGUCAACAACUCUGGAGCCAUUUGUAACUCCUGGAAACUGGACCCCACCACCCUGCGUUUCCCCCUCAUUGGGCUGCUGCCCUAUGACAAGGACCUGUUUGAACCGCAGACAGGCCUCCUGAGAUACGUGCUGGAGCAGCCCUACUCACGAGACAUGGUCUGCAACAUGCUAGGGCUCAACAAGCAGACCUUGAACAUUGCUCAGCACAAGCAGCGCUGCCCGGUUCUGGAGGACCAGCUGGUGGACCUGGUCGUGUACGCCAUGGAGCGCUCGGAGACGGAGGAGCAGUUUGACGACGGCGGGACCAGCCAGCUGCUGUGGCAGCACCUCUCCAGCCAGCUCAUCUUCUUCGUGCUCUUCCAGUUUGCCAGCUUCCCGCACAUGGUCCUGUCGCUCCAUCAGAAGCUGGCUGGCCGAGGCCUUAUCAAGGGCAGGGAUCAUCUGAUGUGGGUUCUGCUUCAGUUCAUCUCUGGAAGCAUCCAGAAGAACGCCCUGGCCGACUUCCUCCCUGUCAUGAAGCUCUUUGAUUUACUUUACCCAGAAAAAGAGUGCAUCCCCGUGCCGGACAUCAACAAGCCCCAGUCCACCCACGCCUUCGCCAUGACCUGCAUCUGGAUACACCUCAACAGGAAGGCCCAGAACGACAACUCCAAGCUGCAGAUCCCCAUCCCUCACUCCCUGAAGCUGCACCACGAGUUCCUCCAGCAGAGUCUGCGGAACAAGAGCCUCCCCAUGACGGACUACAAGAUCGCCCUGCUGUGCAACGCCUACUCCACCAACUCGGAGUGCUUCACGCUGCCCAUGGGCGUGCUGGUGGAGACCAUCUACGGCAACGGCAGCAUGCGCAUCACCCUGCCGGGCACCAACUGCAUGGCCUCGGGCUCCGUCACGCCGCUGCCCAUGAACCUGCUGGACUCGCUCACCGUGCACGCCAAGAUGAGUCUGAUUCACAGCAUAGCCACACGGGUGAUCAAGCUGGCCCACGCUAAGACCAGCCUGGCCCUGGCCCCGGCCCUGGUGGAGACCUACAGCCGCCUGCUGGUCUACAUGGAGAUCGAGUCUCUCGGGAUCAAGGGAUUCAUCAGCCAGCUCCUGCCCAACGUGUUCAAGUCGCAUGCCUGGGGCAUCCUGCACACCCUGCUGGAGAUGUUCAGCUACCGCAUGCACCACAUCCAGCCCCACUACCGCGUGCAGCUGCUGAGCCACCUGCACUCGCUGGCCGCCGUGCCCCAGACCAACCAGAAUCAGCUACACCUGUGUGUGGAGAGUACAGCCCUGAGGUUGAUCACUGCACUGGGGAGUUCAGAAGUUCAGCCCCAGUUCACGCGGUUCCUGAACGACCCCAAGACGGUUCUGUCCGCCGAAUCGGAGGAGUUGAACCGAGCCCUUAUCCUCACGCUGGCCAGAGCGACGCACGUGACAGAUUUCUUCACAGGGUCCGAUUCCAUCCAGGGCACGUGGUGUAAGGACAUCCUGCAGACCAUCAUGAGCUUCACCCCCCACAACUGGGCCUCGCACACACUCAGCUGCUUCCCCGCGCCCCUGCAGGCGUUCUUCAAGCAGAACAACGUGCCCCAGGAGAGCCGCUUCAACCUGAAGAAGAACGUGGAGGAGGAGUACCGCAAGUGGAAGUCCAUGACCAACGAGAACGACAUCAUCACGCACUUCUCCAUGCAGGGCUCCCCGCCCCUCUUCCUCUGUCUACUGUGGAAGAUGCUGCUGGAGACCGAUCACAUCAACCAGAUCGGCUUCAGGGUGCUGGAGCGGAUUGGGGCGCGGGCGCUGGUGGCCCACGUCAGGACUUUCGCAGACUUCCUGGUGUACGAGUUCUCCACCUCGGCCGGAGGCCAGCAGCUCAACAAGUGCAUCGAGAUCCUCAACGACAUGGUGUGGAAGUACAACAUCGUCACGCUCGACCGGCUCAUCCUGUGCUUGGCCAUGAGGAGUCACGAGGGGAACGAGGCGCAGGUGUGCUACUUCAUCAUCCAGCUGCUGCUGCUCAAGCCCAACGACUUCCGCAACCGCGUCAGUGACUUCGUCAAGGAGAACGCCCCCGAACACUGGCUGCAGAGCGACUGGCACACCAAGCACAUGACCUACCACAAGAAAUACCCAGAGAAGCUGUACUUCGAGGGCCUGGCGGAGCAGGUGAACCCGCCGCUGCAGCUGCAGUCACAGUACCUGCCCAUCUACUUCGGCAACGUGUGCCUGCGCUUCCUCCCCGUCUUCGACAUCGUCAUCCACCGCUUCCUGGAGCUCCUGCCCGUCUCCAAGUCCCUGGAGACGCUGCUCGACCACCUGGGAGGCCUCUACAAGUUCCAUGAUCGGCCGGUGACGUACCUGUACAACACGCUCCACUACUACGAGAUGCACCUGCGAGACCGCACCAACCUGAAGCGCAAGCUGGUCCACGCCAUCAUGAGCUCCCUGAAGGACAACCGCACCCCGGGCUGGUGCCUGAGCGAGACCUACCUCAAGUGCGGCAUGAACCCGCGCGAAGACAACCCCUGGAUCCCCGACGACACGUACUACUGCAAGCUCAUCGGCCGCCUCGUCGACACCAUGGCAGGCAAGUCCCCCGGACCCUUCCCCAACUGCGACUGGCGCUUCAACGAGUUCCCCAACCCGGCCGCCCACGCCCUGCACGUGACUUGUGUGGAGCUGAUGGCCCUGGCCGUCCCAGGGAAGGAGGUGGGGAACGCCCUCCUCAGCGUGGUCCUCAAAAGCCAACCCCUGGUGCCUCGAGAGAACAUAACAGCCUGGAUGAACGCCAUCGGACUGGUGAUCACCGCCCUGCCCGAGCCGUACUGGGUGGUCCUGCACGACCGCAUUGUGAGCGUCAUCAACAGCCCCGCCCUGACCUCGGAGACGGAGUGGGUGGGCUACCCCUUCCAGCUUUUCGACUUCACCGCCUGCCACCAGUCCUACUCAGAGAUGUACUGCAGCUACGUCCUGGCCCUGGCCCACGCCGUGUGGCACCACUCCAGCAUCGGACAGCUCUCCCUCAUCCCCAAGUUCCUGUCGGAGGUGCUGAAGCCCAUCGUUAAGACGGAGUUCCAGCUGCUGUACGUGUACCACCUGGUAGGGCCCUUCCUGCAGCGCUUCCAACAGGAGCGCACCCGCUGCAUGCUGGAGAUCGUGGUGGCGUUUUACGAGAUGCUCCAGACGGUGGACCAGCACAGUCCCCACCUGGUCUACGUGGACCCCAUCUGCGACUUCCUGUACCACGUCAAGUACAUGUUCACUGGAGACAUCGUCAAGGACCAGGUGGAGAAGAUCAUCAGCACCCUCCGGCCGGCGGUGAGGCUACGGCUACGCUUCAUCACGCACAGCAACAAAAUGGAGGCCGCAGCGGCCGCAGCCGCUGCUGCUGCAUCCGCCGCCGCGCCCCCGCCCCCCAACGUGUCCUCCCCCGCCCCCCCACCCACCGCCGGACCCGUCAGCGUCCCCCUGUCUGCGGCUCAGUAACGCCCGCCAAUCACACGCCGGCUUAGAGAAUGGCCACCGCGAAGUCGGCCAAUAGCAUUCACCGAUCAGGUGCCUGCUAGAGACUCGGUCACACGUUUCCCCGUUUGUGUUACGGUAGCUUCCCCCGAACGGGCGUCGGGGCCGGUGACUCCCCCACCCCCUCCUGGUCCCAUUUAUAUCCACCAAUCGUGCGAAAGCCCAGGGGACUGUUGCGACCCUCCAUUCUCCUGUCUGAAAGAACGGUAAGGUUGAUGAAUCACCCGCCCGGUGACUGGCCUCUUCUGGGGCAUGAUCGUAUCGGCCCGUUUCCAGAAAGGAUGUUUUCUCCGCGUGUGACCGACAACGAGGCCUUCGGCAGCCCUCUCCCGAGUCAUGUGACGGGGGUCAGCCUCCAGGGGCUGUCAGAAGCACUCAUCUCUGUGACUCAGAGCCCAGGACGCCCUCCAGGGCCCCAAUUCCAAUCUUUUAUUUUGUAUUUGCAAACCUUUCUGACUUAAUGACUGCCUUUUACUCGGCCUCUUUUAUGGCAUGUUACCUUUUCCAGGAAAUGCACAAAAUAAAUGCAUUUUGGCUUCUAAGCCUGGGUGUGCAUUUGAACAGAUGUUUUUGAUAUGUUUUCAUUUGAUAUGUUUCCCAGAGAGAGAGAGAGAGAGAUGGAGAUUGGGUAUGUAUUCCUGUGUGCGUGUGCGUGUGUGUGCGUGCACAAAAGACAAGGAUACAAAGUCUUCAGUUUCAUUCUGACCUAAGUGCUGUGUCACUGAAUCAGACCUGCAUCGCGCGUUACUCUACUCUUUAGUGUAGCUUUUUGUCUCAUUUAUUUGUACUGAAAUUCCCAUUCUAGAUCAUGUUCCUUUAGAAUAAUAAUAAAGCUUCCUCCGACCUGGAUUUUAAUGAAUUAAUGUGUUAUCCUUUUGGGUUAUAAGGGAUACAAUUGUAAAUGCUUUGGUAUUGCUCUGCAGGAAAGCAGUUCCAGAAUCUUCCAUUGUUGUGUGUACGUAACGUCAAUACAUGAUUGUGUUGCUCCAGGAAAUCCUUUAUGUAAGACGUGACUACCGCAACAUUUCAUUUGGAAUCUCCCUAACAAACCACUUAAAAGAUUUUACUGCAGCACCAUCUCCCUUGAUAGACCAUUACAGACUGCACUUACUGCCUCAUUUAAUGACACACUGGGGUAUUAUUUCAGCAAAUGCAUUCAUGUGUCCUUAUGGUAUUAAUAUUAUUGCUUUCAAUUGAGAUCCUUUGGGUAGGGUAAUCAAUCAAGCAACGCUCAUCGGUUGGAUAUGUACUUACAACCCCAUCUCAGAAGGAAAAUACUGUAUUUGAUGGUUAGUAUCAUUUGUCUGCUGUAGAAGCGCCUAGCUCAUGUAGCUGUUGGUGUGGGCAGCAGGAUGGUUCAAGCAGAUGCUUUCUGGCCGUUGGGGGCAUAAACCAAAGCGGAGUGAAUCGGCAGAAGAGAUGUGGAAGAUUCAUAGCAACAGUGAGUGGUCUUGGUGGAUGAUGGCACUGUCUGUAAAGCAAUGACUAUUUUUGAUCAGCCCAGAAAAACCGUUGGUCCGUUGGUGCAGAAGGCCCGUUAGCGUUACGGGUGGAUAAGCGGUGAUGCUUCCUCUGUUUUUGCCGCCCCGUUGACGAGAUUGAGUUUUUCAGAAAGCUGUUGGGCGAGAAAUGUGACAAGCUGAAGGAUCCCCGCUUUACAUUGCUAAGCAGUAAAAGAUUCCCGGCUAAAACAGGUGCUCAUGAAUAUUCAUCAGCGUGAGCAGACUUUUUUUCCGAUCUGAUUGCGAAGGAAUCCUUGUAGCAGUCAAUUGCUUGACUGGUGCAAUGCAUUACAGUUCUACAUAAUUAUGAAUAUUCAGAAGUAUCCCUGCCGUUUUUAGAAGAGACCUGGUGCUUAUAGCAGAGAGAGGACAGAAUGCAAAGUACUAAACAAGAGUCUUUGUUAGAGUCGGUAGUUUAAAAUGGUGCUUGUGAUUUGCUUUGUUUGCUCACCUCAGUUCCUGAAGUCCUGUAAAAAAAAUUAUGAGAAGUGGCCUUUGAAAUUCGAGCAAUAGGUCAAUCUCUGGAAUUAUUUUCAUUAUGAAUAUGCCGACAGAAUAUCUCAAUGAUAAUUGUAAAUUAUUAAAGUGGAGUAAAUGCCAUGAA